AACCAGGGACUUUUUAAAUGCUUUUUUUUCCGUUUUAAUUUUGGUUGAAGAAGCAGCCUUCACACUCCUGGAGCAGAAGUGGAACGUCUAUUUCAAAACCACCUAUAUACAGACGUAGCAUCAAAUUAUAGGUGGUUCAAUCAGGUAUAUCCCACCUGUACCUCUCCAGUGACUCCUCUGUCCUGCUACAGGGCACAGGUGAAACAGACAGACAUGUCCACCGGCUCAGUGAGCGAUGGAGAGGACAUUGAGACACAUCACAAACGGACAGAUGCACCACUUGAAAGCAGCAAAUCCAAACGGAACAUCGCGCAGAGGCAUUACACUUCCACCAAGUACUCAGACGACGAGUUCGGUACUGACGACGGUCACGAAGUCAAGACCAAGCGAACGCACGGCACUGCUGCCGGAGGAAAACUACUUUUGAAGGGGGGUCAUCAAAAGGAUGGGCGGCAGACGCAAAGGAACGCUGCGAACGCCAGAGAGAGGGCGAGGAUGAGGGUGCUGAGCAAAGCGUUUUCCAGACUGAAAACGAGCCUGCCGUGGGUACCGGUCGAUACCAAGCUGUCCAAACUGGACACGCUGCGUCUAGCAGCCAGCUAUAUAUCACACCUCCGACAGCUAUUACAAGACAACGUCUUCGAGAGCAGCUUCGUACACCCUGUCAACCUGGUAUGAAGCAUUAUUUACUAGAUAAUGUCUCUGUCUGUCUGCCGACUUGACCCUGUCAACUUGGGUAUUGAAAGACACAAAUGUCCAUUUAUAAUUUGACAUUUAUGUGUUGGUCAUUUAGCAGAAGCUCUUAUCCAGAGCAACUAAUUAUAUUGCAUGUAAAAAAAAUUAAGUGCUUUGUAAAAUGUGUAGGAAAAUGCAACAAACAAAUGAUGUAGCUAUACACGUUUUUCAACUUUUGCAAGUUGCAUCCAUUGCUUUUUGUGGAAAGGGGUGGUGAGAGUCAGACCAUUGAUGAGUCUACAUUGUGACUCAAUAUGUAGGCUAAGAUACUAUAAUAACACCUUGAUGGUAAAUAAAAUAUGAUUCCUAUUCCUGCUGCCUUUUUUUUUUGUUGUUGCAAUAUUUAUUAAAAUAGCAUGUCUAUUUAUUCAAUCUGUCUCUCUUGUCUGUCCACAGACUUGGCCAUUUGUGGUAGGUAGAUCAGAGGACAACAAGGACAACUCUACAGCCAGACAGUGUGGCGCUACAUCAUAGGACAGGAGGGAUCUCUCUCUCUGCUGGGACAGUCCUCUUCUACCUUGGCUGCCGGCUCCCUGAUCCCUACCUAGUCCACUAAAAUGCUGCCCUAUAUAGGGAAUAG